AUGUCCGAUUCCGAUUCUGAAUCCGUUUCGGGCUCAGGCCCUGGGUCCGCUUCGGGUUCAUCCUCGUCCUCAUCGCGUGCGUCAUCCCCUCAAGUCACUCGGGCCACCUCGACCUCCUCCACGAAACCCAUCGCGCAAGAUGCCGUGACAACCAGUCCGGAGCCGACGACGACCCAACCCUCGACGCCGACGCCGUCCUUUGCGGACCUGGGCAUCAUCGAACCGCUCUGUGCGGCCUGCGCGUCCCUCAACUUCACCUCCCCAACCGAGAUUCAACGCGAAUGCAUCCCCUACGGUCUUCAAGGCAAGGAUAUCAUUGGGCUCGCGCAGACCGGUUCGGGAAAGACCGCGGCGUUCGCGUUGCCCAUCUUGCAGGCGCUGUGGGAUCAGCCUCAGGGCUUGUUCGCUUGUGUGUUGGCCCCGACCAGGUGAGUGGGCACAGAGGCAGAAUUCCAUAGUGUGUGUUCCCACAUGCUGACCCAAGCUUGACACGUCUAACCCCAGGGAACUGGCGUACCAGAUCGCCGAACAAUUCCUCGCGCUCGGGUCCGGCAUCGGCGUCAGGGUCGCGACCAUCGUCGGUGGCAUCGACACCAUGUCCCAGCAAGUCGCUCUGGCCAAGAAACCCCACAUCAUCGUCGCCACACCGGGAAGGCUGCAGGACCAUCUCGAGAACACCAAAGGCUUUUCGUUGAGGACAUUGAAAUACCUGGUGCGCUAGGGGGUGCGGCGGGUAAAGUUUGACAGAUUGGUGGCAGCGGGAACUUAUCUAGCUCGGACUCCGUCGCACAGGUCAUGGAUGAAGCCGAUCGGUUGUUGGAUUUGGAUUUCGGUCCUGUUAUUGACAAGAUCCUCAAAUUGAUCCCGAGGGAAGAACGCCAUACGUACCUCUUCUCGGCGACGAUGACGACCAAAGUCGCCAAGUUGCAGCGCGCCUCGUUGCGCGAUCCGGUCAAGUUGGAGGUUUCGUCAAAGUGAGUUGGGUUCGGUCUCUGUGACGUUGUCGUUCCGGUAGAACUGACGCAGAGUCACUUGUUGUGUGUAGAUACCAAACCGUCUCGACACUCCUGCAGUACUACCUCCUCGUCCCGAUGAAGCACAAGGACCUGCACCUCGUCCAUCUCGCGCACACCCUCUCGGGCAACACCAUCAUCAUCUUCGUACGCACCGUGCUCGACGCCCAACGCCUCUCCAUCAUCCUCCGUCUCCUCUCCUUCCCCGCCGUACCCUUGCACGGUCAACUGUCUCAAUCCGCUCGAUUGGGCGCCUUGAACAAGUUCAAAUCCGGUUCACGAUCGAUCCUCGUCGCCACGGACGUCGCCUCGCGUGGUCUGGACAUCCCCGCCGUCGACUGCGUGAUCAACUUCGACCUACCGACCCAUUCGAAGGAUUACAUUCAUCGCGUCGGUAGGACGGCCCGAGCGGGGAGGUCGGGCAAGUCGAUCUCGUUAGUGACGCAAUAUGACGUCGAGUUGUUUCAGAGGAUCGAAGGUGAGCAUUUUUCUUUUCUGGCGAACGAUGUAUUCAUUCGGUUGGAUCUGAUGAUAAUUUCUCGUUGUCUUCAACGAAAAGGCGUGAUUGGUAAGAAAAUGGACGAAUACCCUCUCGGUGGGGGUGGGAAAGAACAAGUCAUGCUCCUCGCCGAACGAGUAGGUGAGGCUUCCCGAGAAGCGGCGAGGGAGUUGAAGGAGAAUGGAGCGAGUGGGGAUGGGAGGAAGAGGGGGAAGAAGAGGGAUAGAGGGGGCAAGGGGGAUGAGAGGGAUAGGGAUGAUGAUGAGAGGGAGGCGGGGAUGCCGAGGAUGGGCGGGGGAGGGGGUAAGAAGUUCAAGGGGAAGAGAUAA